AUGCAUAUUCACCACGAAUUCAUCUCAAGAUACCAGGGCAUCAUGAGUGGAUACAUGAACUACUACUCCUUUGUGGAUAACUAUGGAAUGCUAAAACGAGUGGCGUACAUCGUCAGGUUCUCGGGCAGCACGAACUUUGAAACGAAAGUUCAAAAUGUUGUCUGUAGCAAGCGUCUUCAAACGGAAUGGGACAGGCAGGGGAAAAGAACUGUAGGCAUAAUAUCAUUACUGGCUUUUGCGUCGUAA